UGGAAUGGCGUAUGGACUAACCGUUAUAGGUCCAAGAGCCACAAGCGCACCAAACCAAACCUGAAGUGCACUAAACCAAAUUUAACCUACUGUUUGUGCAAAUGCUGCAAAUAAUAGAAUAAGAUUCGUUCAAGAAACUAUGUAAAUGAACAAAUACUAUUGGACAAAUAUUAUUAACAAGGUUCUUAUAUUUUCAAAAAUGGCACAUUGGCACGAUCGUAGAAGAAUGUCCAACUCUUUUUCACGACGUAACAGAGAAGACCAACAAGUUUACUCAUCUGGUGAAGGACAAAUGCAAAACCAAAGACAUCCUCCUGGACUUAGGGGAAAGGCAAUAGGAUUGUAUUACAGAGACAGAAACAGACAAAAACAUGAAAAAGAAAAAAUACCAUCAGUUCUUAAAUUGUCUACUCAAGUAGAAGAAAAACUCAAAACUAUUUUAAGUAAUUCCAAAAUGUUUUUUAAUUCAGUUUAUAAUGACAGAUCAUCUGAAAGACUUGACUCUGUACACAAUAACAAAUAUCAUCAUAUUGGAGAUUCACAAUUUAAAAGGAAAUUCUUAGAAAUCAUAAAUGGUAAUAUUCAGCACAAUCUUAUCAAAGCUAUGAAAACGCCAUCAAAACUGCAGAGAGAUAGAGAAAUAGACAAGAGGUUACUAAAUGAAUACAAAGAAAAGCAAAUUCAAAGUGACUAUUUAAAUAUGUUAAACUUUCGAACAAAGUUGCCAGUGUUUGAUAAAAAAUCAGAAAUAUUACAACUGAUUGAAGAAAAUCAAGUUAUUGUAGUAAGUGGAGAAACAGGUUGUGGUAAAACUACACAAGUCGCACAGUUUAUAUUGGAUGGCCAAUUAGAGGCUGGAAACGGUAGUAUUACCCGAAUAGCUUGCACGCAACCUAGAAGAAUUUCAGCGAUUUCUGUUGCUGAACGUGUAGCUGCAGAAAGAGCAGAAAAACUUGGAAAAUCUGUUGGCUAUAAGAUACGACUAGAACAAGUUCCAUCACGAGAGGAAGGAAGUAUAUUAUUUUGUACCACUGCUAUGCUACUACAAUUUAUGAAAACUGAUCCGGCAUUGAAAAGUUUCUCUCAUGUGAUACUGGAUGAAAUUCACGAACGUACUACAGAAAGUGAUUUUAUUAUCACAUUGUUGAAACAAAUUAUUCCCAGUAGACCUGAUUUAAAAGUCAUUUUGAUGAGUGCAACAUUGAAUUCUGAAAGUUUUUCGAAAUAUUACAACAAUUGUCCGAUCAUACAUAUACCUGGAUUCACUUUUCCAGUAGAAGAAUUUUACUUAGAAGAUAUUCUAUCAUUUACAGGAUUUAGAUUUCAAGAUCCAAGUCCAGAACCUUCUGGUUAUAAAAAACAUAUAAAAAAAAAUAAAGUGCGUCAACAUAAGAAAGAUGAAUUUUUAGAAAUAUUACAACCUUACGUUAGAGAAUUGAGAGCAGAGAGAAAAUACUCGGAAAGUGUACUUGAACAAUUGAAGAAUCCGAAUAGCGAAGAUCUUUCGUUAGAACUUGUUGAAAGAUUAGUAAGAUACAUCUCUGAUACAAAAGAUCCCGGAGCUAUUCUUAUCUUUUUACCCGGAUUGAUGGAUAUAACAAAGUUAAACAGAAUGAUGAUAGAUUCUAGAUGUUACCCGGAUCAUAAAUAUUUCAUAUGUUCUCUUCAUUCGCGCAUGCCGACGGUUGACCAGAAACUUAUAUUUAAAGAACCUCCUAAUGGAAUUCGUAAAAUAAUCAUAGCGACUUCAAUUGCUGAAACAUCGAUAACUAUAGAGGACGUGGUGUAUGUAAUAGAUUGUGGAAAAAUAAAAUUCGGAAAAUUUGACGUUGACAAAAACAUUCAAACUUUAGAACCCGAAUGGGUGUCUUUGGCCAAUGCGAAGCAAAGACGCGGUAGGGCCGGCAGAGUUAAAAGUGGCGAAUGUUACCGUUUGUAUUCGAAAGCUCGUGAAAUGACUUUUGAUCAUUAUCCACUGCCAGAAAUGUUGAGAACGCGCUUGGAAGAGGUAAUCUUGCAGAUAAAAAUUUUGCAAUUAGGAAAGACCAAAGAAUUUCUAACUAACGUUAUGGAUCCGCCAGAUUUAAAAGCCAUUGAUCUGUCUCUCGAUUUACUCAGAACACUCAACGCUCUUGACAAAGACGAGCGUUUGACUCCUCUGGGUUAUCAUUUAGCGCAGUUACCGCUUGAUCCUAGAACAGGAAAAAUGAUACUUUGGGCGGCAUUGUUCUCUUGCGUCGAACCGAUAUUCGCUAUUGCGGCUAGCCUUACAUUUAAAGAUGCCUUCUACUGCCCCUUGGACAAAGAACAACAAGCUAAUGAGAAGAAGUUAAAACUCAGUAGGGAACAACAUAGCGAUCACAUCGCUCUCGCGGAAGCUUUAAGAUCGUAUGAAGUUGCGCGCAGAAGAGGAGACGCUGGUCGCUUUUGCCGGGAGUAUUUUCUCUCUUUCAAUACAUUAAAGCUUCUGUCCGAGAUGAAGAAUCAAUUCGCGAGGUAUUUGUACGAGAUGAAGUUUCUCGACAGCGACAAUCCGAGCGAUGGAAGCGCUAAUAGAAAUUCUGACAACAUGGCGUUGAUAAAAGCCAUUGUCUGUGCGGGAUUGUAUCCUAACAUCGCUACUGUAAGACGGUGUACUAAAAACGGUCUGAUAUGUUGGACGCCAGAAGAUGGAUCAGUGCGUACACAUCCGUCGAGCGUGAACGACAAAAUUAAGGAAUUUCCUAGCCGAUAUUUGACAUAUUUUACAAAGCAACGAUCCACCGCUAUAUUUUUACACGACACCACGUUUGUAAGCCUGCCAAUGUUAUUGUUUGCAGGAUCGAAUAUAACAAUAAGAAAGGAAAAAGGAAAUUACGUUAUCGGCAACUUUAACUUUUCUGAUAAUAUUGUUUGCGAGCCACGAACUGUAGAGGUGAUACAGGAACUUCAACGCGCUUUGAAUACCUUGUUGGAGUACAAAGUUGCGCAUCCAGCGUCCGUAUCUUGGUCGACAAUUGAGGGAGACUUGUUAAAUGCGAUCAUCGAACUGGUAUCUCAAAAUGACCACGAGAUAGGUUUCGACGUCAAGAGCGGUAAUGACGACGAUGCCACUGAUUUAUAAUUUCCGCUGAUAUUUGUUGUAAUUUAUUUAUUAUAAAUGUCGAUAUCCCCUUCUUACGCACCAUCUCCCUUAAUAUUGUUUAGAAAUAUAAAAACAUAGUAUGUCAAAUUAUAUUCGCAUCGCACGCGUGUGUUGAGAAUUUCUUCUUUUUUUAAGUUUUCAAAAUAAUCUUUGCAAAACCAUCUUGUUUAUUAUGACACAGGAAUUUAUUAAUUAAAUAUAUAUUUAUUUAUGAACGAACAAAAGAAAGUAGAAAGUUGUGAAAUAUGCCAAUAAAAUGAUCUUAUGCGUAAAAUAGUUUG